AUCAGCAGAGGAGACUGAAGAAGACCGGUGUCCCGGAGGCCACGUAAAGUGUAUUUAGCAGGAAGGAGGACUGGUCAGUAUGUUUAAGGGCCAGUCUUUCCAUAAUCUCUGCCAAACGGACCUUCUUUCAUCCAAUUUUUAUGGUCUUCUGUCCAGUACUGAGACCCUCCCCAGAGGGAACUGUCGGGGCCCUACCAUAGUUGCUUUUUUUCUAUGGCUUACACAGCUUGUAAUUUAGAAUUCUCCUUUAUUAGCUUAAAUACUGCAGUGUAAUGAUUAAGGGUUAGGCUCUUCCUGGAGCUGGCAGAAUUUUCCAAGGGAUGCCAUCCUUUACUACUUUUAGGUAGAUUUGAAGUAAGGAAAAGUGAGAGCAUCAUUCAUUCUCCCGUCAGUAACCAGUCAUCACAAAACGUCAGAAUUAAAAGUUACCCCAGCAACUAGAGCUAAAGCAAAGCCCACACUUUCCAGAGGAAGAGCGUCUUUUCCGGCGUCAGUCCACCUAACACAUUCCAUUAUCAGUCAGUUUCUGGGCGUCCCUCCCCUCUGCCAAAAAGAAAAAAUAGGCAAGCCGCACUGCCAUCUGUCCCCCGGCCCACUCCCCAUCCACCAGCUCAGCCCAGACCAAAGCCGCCCCGGCGCGCCGCAGGCAGCCCUGGCGGGGGCCUUUCCUGCUGCCCGACGCUGGGGUCCUCCCUUAGGUCUCAUUCUGUGCCUGCGAACAUGGCGGCGCUCGUGGUCACGGCUCCGGGCAGAGCUCUGCUACGGGCGGGCACUGAGCGGCUGCUGCGGGGAGGUAUCCAGGAGCUACUGCGGCCGCGACAUGAAGGGAACUCCCCUGGCCUGGCGCGCGACUUCAGCGUCUCUCAAAAUCGGGGCACGGUCAUCGUGGAGCGCUGGUGGAAGGUACCGCUGGCCGGGGAGGGCCGGAAGCCGCGCCUGCACCGGCGACAUCGCGUCUAUAAGCUGGUGGAGGACACGAAGCAUCGGCCCAAGGAAAACCUGGAGCUCAUCCUCACGCAGUCGGUGGAGAAUAUUGGAGUCCGGGGUGACCUGGUGUCAGUGAGGAAAUCUUUGGGCCGGAAUGGACUCCUUCCUCAGGGACUGGCUGUAUAUGCAACCCCUGAAAACAAGAAGCUGUUUGAAGAGGAGAAAUCGCUGAGACAAGAAGGAAAAUUAGAGAAGCUCCAGACCAAGGCAGGUGAAGCGACAGUGAAAUUUCUAAAAAGCUGUCGCCUGGAGGUAGGAAUGAAGAACAAUGUCAAAUGGGAGCUGAACCCUGAAAUAGUUGCCCGCCACUUCUUCAAGAAUCUUGGUGUUGUGGUUGCCCCACAUACAUUAAAGUUACCAGAAGAGCCUAUCACACGGUGGGGCGAGUAUUGGUGUGAGGUGACGGUAAAUGGGCUUGAUACUAUAAGAGUGCCUAUGUCUGUGGUGAACUUUGAGAAGCCCAAGACCAAAAGGUAUAAGUACUGGUUAGCUCAGCAAACUGCCAAGCGCAUGGCCCCCACCAGCCCCCAGAUCUAAAUCUCUCCCUCCAAGACAGCAAAGCAGAAUCAGGAGCAGUGGAGCAGAAAUGGGCAAGCACUUUGAUCUCACUCCCGGUUCUGACCAAAUGCAGAAUUUUAGAGAACAUCUGAAGACAUCAGACUGCACUGCGUAUACAUGUUGAAUUCUUCAUUUUCGCCAUCUUUAACUAUCGUCGCUGGGGCAGUCUUGUUCCAGAAGUACCAGGCUGUAGAUUUGAUAAGCCAGAUACAAUAGACCGAAACUAUCCAAAACCUGUUUAGCUUCUUUCUCCAUUGGAGUUUAUUGGGACAAACAGAAGAACCAGCCAUUGUCUCCAGUACUUGCCACAUUCUCAUCAUCCAAACUGAACAUUUGUAUCCCAAGCAGACAUAAAGAGAUUAUGUUCUUUUUAA